AUGGCCGAAGACAGCGAACAGGAUAACGAAGAGCUGAUCUCUGGCCUGGAGCAUGGUGAUCUAAAGCCAAACUUCUACGAAGGCGGCUUCAAGACGUGGGAGUGUGCGCUGGAUUUGGCGAAGCGGGUUGUGGGUGAUGGUGCUGUUGCUGAUGUCGAUGGGGAUUGUCAUAUUAUUGAGGUUGGUGCCGGCACGGCAGUACCAUCUCUGGCGCUGUUUGCGCGGCUUCUCUCCGCGUCGACCCAACAGCGAAAGACUCACUUUACUUUUGCGGACUAUAAUGCUGUUGUCCUGCGUCUGGUUACACUACCCAAUCUUCUUCUUACUUGGAACCAGCACCGUGAGAAGCACUCAGCGUCAACGAACGCCCCAUCAUCAGAGCAGCAAGAACCGGGACAAGACGAAGAGGAACUGGACGUCACCCCGGAACUCCUGGAAGAAUUCCAAAAAGACCUUGCCAAACGAGGAAUCACCAUCGACUUCAUUUCUGGUGCUUGGUCGCCUGCUUUUGUUGACUUGGCUUGCUCGAAUUCUCCUAGUGGAAACCAUAGGACACUGGUCCUUGCCAGUGAGACGAUUUACUCGCCGUUGUCGCUGGGUGCAUUUACUGAGACCUUGCUCGAGCUGUUACGGCGGUCUGGAACGACUGAAAGUAAGAGCAAGGCUCUCAUUGCGGCAAAGAAGGUCUAUUUCGGAGUUGGGGGUGGGGUGGAUGAGUUCCUUGCGGUUUUGAGGAAUACUAGUGGAGAUGAAAUGGAUGUGAAGGAAUUGGUGGAUGUCAAGUCAGAAGGCGUGGGCAGGGUAGUGCUUGAGGUUACACAGGCUGAGGUAAUGAAGACAUGA